CCAUGUCUGGGAUACGACUGAACAAUGACGCUGGUAAAUACGCUCCACAACGCAGAAUGCAAGGCGUGCUUCGUUCCCUCUUCGUCUAUAUAAAGGAUGGACGCUUGCUCUUGCUUGACCAACGGAUUGCUUCAUCACCAUUGUCUAGUUGAGAAAAGAACUCCCAGUGCCGUCUCACUGCAAGCACAACUUAUCCACGAUUUUAACGAGAAGAAGCCUAUCCGCCAUUGACGCUUUCGUAUCAUCCUUACCAGCCGACAUGCCUCACUCCGCGCACAACCAAGAAUCGCACUACUCGAAUGCCACCACAACAAAUGGUGGCAGACGCGACGGUUCCAACAGCUACGCCAUUGAGCAGUGGCGACGAGACCAGAACACUCGUGCUAGUUUCUACGUCACCGGCAUAUCGUCGAGCGGGUUGCACGAACGCGAUGCCAGAGAGAACUUGAGGGCCUUUGACCGGGCGUGGAGUCACAGCGCCCGCCGCUAGAUGCUCUCGAUCGCUGAGCCUCGACUCAGGCCUGUUGUCAUUGUUAUGUUCGGGAUACGAUGCGGCUGGAAUAUGGGCGUUUUGAUGGUUCGAUACCCUGAAGGAGCGCAAGUUAUACAAGGGCGCCGGAGUUGUUUUGGGUUUUUGGUUUGUCAUUUUCAACCUUGUCAUUGUCAAUUGCUGGUUUGUUUGUCACUUCUUGUCUGGGUGGUAUUCCUGUCUGGGCGGUCGUCGGAGGCCGGGGUCAAUUGAAACAUGCACUUUAUUC